AUGUCAGUGCUCGGAAUUGAUAUAGGAAAUGAUAACUCCGUGGUUGCAGCCAUCAACAAGGGAGCCAUCAACAUAGUUCGGAACGAUGUGUCGGAGCGGCUGACGCCUACUAUGGUGGCCUUCACAGAGAAGGAGAGGUUGAUUGGAGAUAACGCGCUAUCCAAAGUGAAGUCAAACUUUAAGAACACAUGCAGGAAUAUAAAAAACCUGAUUGGCAAAUUAGGGACACAGGCUGAGGAGGACGAUAUAGAAUUGAGCGAGUCCUUUGGAAAUAUAGUACCAUGUGAACAUAACUAUCUGGGGUAUGAAGUAGAUUAUAAAAAUGAAAAGGUAGAAAUAAGUGCCGUUCGAGUGUUGUCAGCUCUUCUUUUUUUUUUAAUUAAAUUGGCAGAGAGGUAUUUAGGGAAAGAAUGCAACGAAGUCGUUUUGUCCUACCCCCCUACCUUCACGAACAGUCAAAAGGAAUGUCUCAUGGCAGCGACAAAAAUUAUUAACGUUAAUGCGUUGAGAAUUAUUAGUGAUAACACAGCCGUUGCUUUAGAUUAUGGUAUGUAUAGAAUGAAAGAAUUUAAAAAUGACGUUGGGUCAGUGGUUGUGUUUGUUAACAUAGGUUACGCGAACACAUGUGUGUGUGUUGCUCGUUUUUUCUCUAAUAAGUGUGAAAUUUUGAGUGACGUUGCGGAUACCAAUUUGGGUGGAAGGAAUAUUGACAAUGAACUUAUUAAGUACAUCAACAAUGUGUUUAUUAACUCACAUAAGAUGAACCCGUUGUACAAAGUAAGGUCAACUGAUCUGUGCGAAAUGGGAACAGGAAAACUAAAUCCUUAUUUUGUGACCUCGAACAAUGAAACGAGCCCAAUUAAUAAUAAGAUAAGGGUGAAGCUACAGGACGUUGCAGUGAAGACAAAGAAAAUCCUCUCAGCGAAUAAUGAAACUUCUAUACAUGUGGAGUGCCUUUAUGAAGACCUCGAUUGUCAAGGAUUUAUAAGUAGAGACAACUUUGAAGAGUUGUGUGCCCCAUUUUUUUUAUCUAAAUUGAAAUCCUUAUUAAAUAAAGCCAUGCAAGUAAGCAAGUUGAACAUUUCAGAUGUACAGUCGAUUGAAAUUUUAGGAGGUUCUACUAGAAUUCCAUUCAUACAGAAAUUUUUGCAGCAAUAUUUUGACAAGCCAUUAUCCAAAACGCUAAUUGCUGAUGAGUCUGUCGCCAGAGGUUGUGUGUUGUCAGGAGCCAUGGUUAGUAAACACUACAAAGUCAAGGAGUAUGAAUGCAUAGAAAAAGUGACGCACCCGAUUAGUGUGGAAUGGCAUAAUGUAAAUGAUCCCUCCAAGUCCAACGUGGAAAAAUUAUACGAUACAGAUUCGUUAAAGAAAAAGGUGAAGAAAGUAGUCAUUCCUGAAAAGGGACAAAUAAAGGUCACUGCCUAUUAUGAGGACAGCCCAGAUUUACCACCACACUGCAUUAAAGAAUUGGGUUCAUGUCUCAUCAAAGUAAAUGACAAGAAUGACAAAAUUGUUGAAUCACAUGUGUUGACCACCUUCUCGGAAAGUGAUACCUUCACCUUCUUAGGAGCACAGAGUGUUUCCAAGACGGUUAUUAAAUCUAAAGACGAUAAAAAAAAAAGUGAAGAAAAAAAAGACAUACAAAAAGGGGAUGCAUCAGGUGGGGCAGAAUGUGCAGAUGGUUCAAAUGAAGGGGAAUCAGAUGUGAAGGAUAAGAAAACUAAUGAAGAUGAAUCGAAUGAAGGUAAAGAAAAUAACAUGGAUGGACAAACCCCCAAUGGUAAUGCAACUCUAUCUCACCAGAGUGGAAAUAAAGCAGAAUUGAAAAAAGGAGAAGAAGGAAAAAUACAAACAUGCUACACUACCCUACCUAUCGAGGUCAUUGGAGCUCCAGGAUCAUACAGUACAAAAGAUAUAUACAAUUUUAGUGAGGCUGAAAUAAAUAUGCAGCACAGUGAUUUGCAAGAAGCAGAAAGGUUGAAAAAUAUAAAUGAGUUGGAGACAAUUAUAUACGAAACGAGGAACAGACUAAAUGGAAUGUAUAAAGAUUUUGUAAUGGAUGAAGAGAGAGACUCCAUUUUGCUAGCCCUAGAUGAUUGUGAAAAUUGGAUAUAUGACAAUAUUGAUGAAAACAAAAAUGCCUUUAUAAAGAAAAAGGAACAAAUUAGGGAUAGGGUAAAGGAUAUCAUUUAUAAAUACGAUACGUACACUGCGAAACAGAAUAACUUGGGGAAUAUUUUGAACCAUUUGAAGAAUAUCAUUGCACAGUGUGAGAAAAGACCAUCAGAGGAAAGUCAAAAAAUUAUUUCCAGGACGACAAAUCUGCUCGACAAUAUUAAUGCCAUGCAGGAGAAAGAAAUGAAGCAGCCUUUGUACGAGGCACCGCUAUAUACCCUCAAGGAUAUAGAAAACGAAUUUAACGAAGUUACACAGAUGGCGCAGAAACAUUUCUCCAAACUUGAGGCAGAAGAAUUAGCCAAACAAAAGGAGAAGGAAAAACAGGAAAAAAUGGAGAAGGAGAAAAUGGAAAAGGAAAAGAAGAAACACCAACAGGCUGAUAAAAACGAGGCCGACGAUAAUGGAGACAAGGAUAAUAGUAAGGACGCCAAGGAGACCGACGAGACGGACAACUCCACCAACAAGGACAAUGCAGGCAGCGCGGAGGAGAAGGACAUAUAA